AUGACAAAUAGACAAACAAUUAUAAAUUCUCUCAAUUUAUUCCUCAGGAAUAUAAAUGGGCUUAAACGAUAUAAACCCGAAUUAUUAAACCUUUUUAUUGAAAAACAUAUCGACAUCACUUUAAUCUCCGAAACACACUGUACUCCAAUCUCCAAAAAUUUCUUUCCUGGAUACAAAAUAUAUAGAACUAAUCAUCCCGAUGGUACUGCUCAUGGCGGAUCUGCUAUUAUAAUAUCUUCAAAAAUACAAUGUCAACCCAUACCUAAUCUCCAGACAAAUACCAUUCAAGCCACAAAAAUACAAAUCACUUUAAAUAAUAUUCCUACAACUAUUUCUUCAGUCUAUAGUCCUCCGAGACCUGCAAUAUCCUCCCAGGAAGUAGACCAGUUCUUAAACUCAGCUGAUAACACAUCACUAAUUGGAGGUGAUUUUGACGCGAAACACCUCCAAUGGGGUUGCCGUCUCGAAAACACUCGUGGAUGUAUGUUUCAAAAUAUUUUACGAACCAAAAAAUAUACAUUCAUUUCUCCACCAGGUCCAACAUACUGGCCAUCACAUCGAAACAGGCAGCCAGAUAUAUUAGAUUUAUUCCUAUCCACAAUUCCCAGACAUAUAAACUUUACUAUAAAAUAA